UAGCAGCGCCGCCCCGAACAACCCCCAAUUCCAAUUCCAAUUCCCAGCCCCAUCGUCGUCCUCUCUUUUUCUUCCUCUGUCUAUCCAUGCAAUUAUGAGCUAUGACAGAGAUGUACAAGUCUAACGAGGAAUUGGAAUCAAGCUAUUCUUAACCAGUGCUAAGAACUCUACUAAUCCGGUUAGAAAUGGGGUUUUCCUGCCUUCCAAACACCUUGUUAUGAAGUUACACUUGUCCAAAUGGAACGGGAUUUUGCAAAACCUCUUUCAAAGCUUAAAGUUUGAACCUUUGACAGAAAUGAAGAAGGCUAGAGCAGUUGCUUCCAUUGCGUUCUUGGUGAUCAUUUUUCUCCAAGGAAACCAGGCAGAAGAAGGAUCUGACGGUUCAAGAACAUUAAUACAAGAUAAGGAAGAUGCUCUGGAAGUACAUUGUUCCAGGGAAAGAAGUAGAGUAGCAUGGAAAAUCAUUGAGGAUUACUUGAUGCCAUUUGUGGAACAAGCACACUAUCAGAUUCCAAACAAGUGUCGACUUCACCAUGACAACGACAUCUUUAGAGAUCAGGAGGAGCACAAGGUUCAUGUGGAUACAAAUGAAUGGCAGUGUGCAUACUGUAAGAAAAGCUUCCGUGCUGAAAAGUUUCUCGAUCAGCAUUUUGAGAGCAGACACUAUAAUCUUCUUAAUGUUAAUGGCAGCAAGUGCUUAGCUGAUUUAUGUGGGGCACUACAUUGUGACCAUGUGACAAAUACCAAGUCACGCAAAACCAAAUGCAAUCCUGCAGCAGUUGCAAGGAAUCGCUAUUUAUGUGAGAGUCUUGCUGACAGCUGUUUCCCCAUUAACCGGGGACCCUCAGCAAGUCGCCUUCAUGAAUUCUUUCUGCAUCAAUUUUGUGAUGCUCACACUUGCUUGGGGAAACUAAAACCUUUCUCAAGGGGAGGCAAGAAAGAAACAAGUGUACUAUACCUGGCUACUUCAAUACUGAUUUUGAUGUUGCUCCCUAUUUUCUAUGUUAUUGUUUUUUUGCACCAAAGAGAGAUGAGAAUGAGGACCCAGGAUCUGAAACGCAUCUCACCAAUUGGGCGGAAAACCAAAUCUUCGUAAUUGGUUAUGCUUUGGAAGCCAUCUAUCAGAUGGACAGAUCAAAAUCAUGAUCUCCUUGUCCCAAUUGGACUUGCUCUCACAAUUUUCGCAGCAAAAGCGGUGUACUGAUUGCACUACUCAAGUCCUUGCAUGAAACCAACCUCAGCUACAUCACCAACUAAAAACUACAGGGGCCUACAUAUGUCAUACUUUUACCUUAGUAAAGGUUCUGGCUGAUGAAUUUUUUAAUGGUUUGUUUUGUACAUGUAUAAUAAUACCUGUCCAAUUUAGGUUUGUGAUGUAUCAAAUAAUUCCGCUAAAUGUACAUUACAUGUAUUUUGACACCAAAAUACCAUAGCACCUUGAUUUUUUCCCCAA